CCACCAUAUGAUAAUGCUUUAUUGGAUUAAACUCAGGGGGAACAAGUAAAAGAAUGAUAUAGACACGAGCCUAUCCCUUUAUGAUUCAUGUACUAUCUCUUGUGGCUUUCCAUUAAAAUGUGAAUGGGGGUGCAUUUUUGUCCAUGACUUUACAGUGGUACAAGGUAACAAUUAAGCAACUCCGCCUAAUGUAAAAAAAAAAAGAGGGGGGUGGGGACGGAACGAGUGUGUGUGAACUCACUUUCUUUAUACUUUCUUAUUCAUUUACCAUGGGACAAACGAAGAGCAGAGAGAGUCAAGAAAACAACCUUUUAUCCAAAAAGACACAUUUUUCCAAAAAGGAGAUUCAUGACCUUCGACAUAAAGUGGAUUCAAAGUCCAAUAUUACUCCCAAAGUCUUCAAAGAGACCGUCAAGAAGUAUGUUCCAUCAGUGUCUUCCAACGACGAUGCUUUUCUCAACCAACUCUACUCAGCAUUCAACAGCGACAACAAUAAGGCCAUGGACUUUAGUGAAUUUGCUGAUGGUCUUAGUAUAUUUAUCAAGGGCAAUGCCGAGGAAAAGUUGUCUUUGUCCUUUAAACUGUACGAUGUCAACCAUGAUGGCUAUUUAACUAAAUCAGAAUUGGAGCGGGUCAUGUUAAAGUUGUCUUGUACAUUCUCUAAAGACGAUCGCACAACUGAAAUUAAAGAAAUGGUUGAACACAUGUUUAAAGAUUUUGAUGUCGACAAUGAUGGGCGUUUGUCGUUUGAAGAGUACAAAUUAUCCGCCAUGAAGGAACCUUUAAUUGUGGACUUUUUAGAGCAAUUCUUGGCAGAGCAUCGUAUCUCUGCUUAUCCUCGUGCACCUUCCCGUGCAGCCUCGAUCCGAUCGCAUAUUUCCACAAGAUCACCUUCUUCUUCGCGUCUUUCAGUGAGAUUAUCACAAGCCGAAUUAUUAGACUAUAGUCAUCAGCAUGAGCGUAAAGGCCUGAGUAGGCCUACAAGUAUGACAAGUCUCGAUGCUGCAUUAACAUCCAUGGAAGUAGGUGCCACAUUAUCAAAUAUUACAAAAUAAACUUUUAUUUUACUUUAUAUCUGCCUUACGGGCAAUGGUAUCUAUUUGAUUCGAAAUCGUCUUUUUCCAAUAACGACUCGAUAAAAACAUGGCAUGUUCUAAUCCUUCCAUGAUACGUGCAUCCACACCUCGUUCUAAUAAAUAAUUGUGCACAACUGAACUUCCGACAAUACCGUCCUUUUCCGAUAAAAACACCGUGGCAUUGGCUAAAGGUCCUUUUGUAUCAAGCGGUGAAGGUAACACCGGUAAUUGUGCGCAAUUACUAGGUUGAGAGAAAUAAAUCGUUUCAAACCAUUGAAAAUGUCGACUUAUAUAAUUACUAAUGUAAAGUUCCCUUGCAGCUCCAUAAUGCAUAAUAUA